AAGCAACAAGAAUAUAUACAACUACGCAAGCUUGUUGUCAUGGUUCUAGAAAUUGGUGAGGCUAUAGUUAUACGAGUAAUUGCUAAAGGAAAUAAAAUUGAAAAUAAACAAUUAACAGUAUCUAAAUUACUUGGUUACUCAAAAAAAAAACUUAAUUCAAAUGUUGCUGAA